AUGCUAUCAUCCAAAUCUCUAGUUGGAUUGGUGAUUAUUGUCAUAGUGACAGUGCUGUUAGUUCAUUUAAAGACGUCUUCGAAGGGCCCAGAUGAUAACAGAUUCAUUCUAAAAGCCCCAGACGAUUAUGACACAUUCGUAGAAAGUAUUGAGGAAUAUCGAUAUUAUGAGUGCCUAGACAACUUUGCAAAUGAAAUACCCGACCAAAUUGUCAAAGAGACCAUUAUUAAGCACAAGGAUUCAAUCCUAAGUAUUAUUUAUAUCAAUAUUUAUACUUAUGCUCGAAAUCGUAAAUACUCAUUAGAACCAGUUGAAGUGAGCCAUGCCGAAAGUAUAAAACACUAUUUUGAGAGCUUCUUUUCUGAGCCAAAUCCAUCGAUCGAUAGGCUGCUUUUUAGGAAUGGAUAA